AUGACCAGAGUGCGACUCAUUGUCUCAAACAGCACGUUCGGACCUAUUUGCGGCACUCAGAAAUGUAGCCAUAAUGUGCAGUCGAAGAGGUUGGGCUUUGUUACAUGCGUAAUCGACAUGACUUGUUCAGUGGCAACAAAGCAUAACGAUUGCCUCAGACAGCACAAUCAGAAAUUACAAGGCAGGCGUGGCGCACAUGUUGCAGCUGUUGAGUUUGAGGCGUUAUAUCGCAUUCAGUUGCUUGGAUUCAGUGUCGCAUCCAGCAAACCAGUAUUCACAAUACUUAUUGAAGCAGGUCCCAAGUGUUUUCGGUCGAGCGUCGGUUCAGAACCCAAAUGCGCAUCGAGGUCACGGGCCAUGGUUGCAUUGGAGUUGCGCUGGACCAAAGAUUGUCAUGUAUCAGCCAAAGCAUUGUUCCAUUUUCUAAGACUUAAAUUAUCUUGA